CCGUGACAAUGAUGUAAUGUAUCCUGGAAACAAGACAGGAUGAUGACAUUGAUGAGAAAGACACCCAAAAUCCCUCCAAAGUCCACUUCAACCAUGCUCAACACUAUCCACCUCCAGUAAAUGUCGAAGCUCAUUUCAAUUACUACACCCUUGCGAGAGUUUAAGGGCCAUGGAGACGGCAUAAAGGCAGUCGCAGUGUUUCCUGAUAAACGACGGAUGAUUACGGACUCCGACAAGACGCUUCAUCUAUGGGACUUGAACACAGGUAAUGUGUUGAACGAGAUGGAGGGGCAUAGCAGGGUGGUGGUGGGAUUAGCAGUAUCACGAGAUGGGCAAUUGAUAGCAAGCGGUGAUCUCAAGGGAGAGGUCAUCAUCUGGCACGGAGAAACUGGAGAGUUACUCACCAAAAUCGGAGCCCACUUCGGUUAUAUCUCUUCACUGGAUUUUUCUCCUGAUGGAACAGUACUAGCCACUGGUUCACGUGAUGAAACGACGAGGCUGUGGAACACCAAAACUUGGGAACGACAAGGAGAAAUUAAAUGUGAUAUGGAAGCAAACUGCGUCCGGUAUUCACCGUCUGGAGAACUCCUCGCCAUUGGAGCAGACAAUAUUGAAAUUUAUAAUCCAGGUACGGGGAAACACGUGGCAUCCUUCGAGGGCCACACAUCAUACAACUUGUCGCUCGCAUGGACGCCCGAUGGCACACGCCUUCUCACAGGCGGCGAUUACGACGAUCCUACCAUACGCAAAUGGGAUACAACAACCUGGAAGCAGGUCGGUGAUCCUUGGACGGGCCACUCUGACUAUAUUAAUGCCAUCGCCGUGAAUCAUGCUGGCACACUCGUCGCCUCCGCGUCUCAUGAUAAUCACGUCCAUCUCUGGCGUCUCUCAGACGGACAAACCGUUGCCACCUUCAAGCACACAUCCUGGACUCUAUGCGUUACUUUCUCCAUGGACGGCAACUACAUCCUCAGUGGAGGUGCUGAUAAUAUGAUCUCGAAGUGGGCAGUACCUGAGGGUAUUCAUUCAAAGAUAUUAGCCAGCACCACAGCUCGCGAUGCACGCAUAGAUGGAGACUUGUCUACCGCUAAAAAUAAUAUCAACACCGAUGCGAACAGCCAUACUUCCUACGCCCAUCGUUCAAAGAUCCUAGCCAUCACGAUAGCCCGCGAUGCAUGCAUGCGCGGAGACUUCUCUACUGCCGAAUAUCUACUCACCCAAGACAUCGAAACCAAUCCGAACAACCAUACUUCCUAUGCCCAUCGUUCAUUCGUUAUGGCGCGAAAAUUAGACUGGGACCGCGCCCUUCAAGAUGCAAUUAAGUCCAUCAGUAUCCAGCCCUCACUGACAGGUUAUGUGUCUAAGGGCAUCGCUCUCUGCGGAACAGGCCAUGUUCGGAAUGCGAGGGCAGCAUUUGAUGUUGCAUCAAUGUACACGGACCAAGAUUCAGAAACUAUUCAUUCCUUGCUCUUGACUAAGGCCGUCGCGCUCUUCAAUGCAGAUCAACAUGACGAGGCAAACCUGCUUCUCAGCGAACUCGCUGCCGGUUGCCCGAAUGCUGAUACUCGCGCAUGCCAUAUCGUGCAAGCAUAUCUACGUGUUCAACUCGGACUCAAAGCCUUGGACGGCGCACGUCACACCGAGGCCGCUGAGCAUUUCACUGCCGCUCUCAAGUCCUGCGCUUUACCAUCAAAAUCGGGUAUUCAAGAAAUUUACGAGGAUUUGGUAGUGCUCUUUGGCUGGGAUCUGCAGUCCUUAGAGCAAAAGGCACACCAGAAACGUUGCCAUGCACUCCUUCAGGCAGGUAAACUUCAAGAUGCUGUCAAUUCAUACCGAUACAUGAUGGACAAUCUCGACGAAACAACGAAAGCCGACUGCCUUGAAUGGUCCAAAGCUUUCACGAAAAAAUGCAGCGCGCUCUUUCUUACCAAGGGUAAUGCUGCUCUCACUGCAACCAAUUUCAACAGGGCUAUUGACCUCUACUCGGCGGCGAUCGACCUGGAUUCUGCAUCUCAUAUCGUCUUUGCAAAUCGUAGUCAGGCAAGGUUGGGGGAAAUGCUGUGGAUGGAAGCACUUCUUGAUGCCCAGAAGGUCAUCCAACUCAACCCUUUGUCUCAUAUUGGAUACAAGUUGAAGCAUGCAGCGUUUCAUGGCGCACAACGCUACGACGAAGCUAUUGCGGCCUUCCAAACGAUGCUAUCGAAAUUGGAUAAUGCUCCCGACACUGAGACACGAAAGUUGCGCCAUCAGUAUCUCAGUCCAUUCGAAGCGGACAGUGCCAUUCGAAAGGUCAUCGAUACUCAACUUGACAAUGCUCCGCUGCGCGUACUCGACACCGCCACUGGUCUCUUAUGCGAUCGAGAGGCGCAGAUAGGCAUCUUCAAAUCGAGCAUAGAGUAUAUGGAGCUCUUAUCAUCAACAAUCACGCAUCGAGAUAUCCAAGUGAAGCGCGUUGAGGAAGUGGUGAUGUCAUACUUCCAAUAUGUUAUGCUAUCGCACAGGUGGGAAGGGAAGGAGCCGCUGCUGCAGGAUAUACAGGGCAAGGUCGUAUAUGAGUUGGAUCCGGUUGGCGGCAUCAAGAAGUUGCAGUCCUUUUGCAAGACUGCUCGUGAUUUGGGGUAUCGCUGGGCAUGGAGCGAUACGUGCUGCAUUGACAAGAGCAACAAUGUUGAGCUCCAAGAAUCGGUCAAUUCCAUGUUCGUCUGGUAUCACCAUUCCGCGCUCACAGUCGUAUACCUUUCGGAUGUUCCACCUUCCUCGCAGCCUGGCGCACUGGCAAGGAGCGCUUGGAACACGCGAGGAUGGACAGUUCAAGAAUUUCUCGCUCCCAAAGUCAUUCUUUUCUUUCGACAAGAUUGGACUCUUUAUCUCGACGAUCGCACUCCCAACCAUAAGGAUUCUGUUGCGAUCAUGGAGGAGUUAGAGAAGGCGACAGACAUAGAUCGACAAGCCGUCGUGGCCUUUUGUCCCGGGAUGAGAGACGCCCGAGAGAAACUUCAGUGGGCGUCGACACGUAUUACCACAGUGCAAGAAGACAUCGCAUACUCGUUGUUCGGCAUCUUCGGCAUCACCCUCCCUGUCAUUUAUGGCGAGAAGAAGCAAAACGCACUCGGGCGGCUCCUGCAAGAAAUCAUAUCUCAGUCGGGCGAUAUUACUGCCCUGGACUGGGUCGGAAAAUCAUCAGAAUUCAACAGCUGUCUACCAGCUGACAUCACUUCAUACAAAGCUCCACCAUGUAAGGUGCCAUCUCUAUCCGAAGAUCAGAUCCAGUCAUCGGUCUCCUCGCUGCGAAGUGUUGUGACUUUACAGUCGGCUUCGAAAUUAUAUCAGACCCUUGACGACCUGAGCGCUCCCCGUUUCGCGUACCACCGAUUACAUCUGCCUUGCGUUGUAUUCCCGGUCACAGAAGCCAGGCGGAGGCCAGGUCAUGACAAGGACACAUAUACGUAUGAACUCAAGUCAGAUGGGCUUCUCAACCUGCAGAUUACCACAGAAGACAAGUUCACCCCGUUCUCGAUGGGAAGGCCGCCUCCUGCCUGGCAGACGAUCUUGUGCGUUCGCCCAUGGAGUCGCCAUCUCCUUGGGCUGCAUGACACUGCAGACGAUGCACAGAGCGUGGACAAUUGGUCCGCGUUCGAAUCUUCCUUGCAUGAGUCGACCACUCUACAAAGUGGAUCGAUUUAUUCGGAUUCUCAUUCGCGAGCAUUGCAAUUGAUAGUUCGCCUUGGACAGCCUUUUAGUGCGUUUUUGCUAGCGCGACAGCGCGACGGAGAGUUCAAGAGGAUCGCAUCCGAUCAUGAUAUCAUUGCACAGGUUAAAUACAUGGCUUCGAUUAGGCACUUGAUGGACAUCAGGACACUUGAGGUACUGUAGCUGCACGCAUGGAUCCUUUUAGCAAUCUCACACCUGUUUCGGGAGAGCGUUCAUCCAUCAUCACGCCACCUCCC